GGGUGCGCGUUCAAUUCGCGCUUGACUUUGCUCGUGUACGGUACGGUUGGUCGUGUCUCGUGUGUUGUAUUUUUUUUACGCAGCAGGCAUCGCGAUAGAGCCGUGGUCGUCGUAGCCAACAACGGUGGUGGAAACAAACCAGCAAAACGGAGCCCCCCCACGGGGUUUGCGCUCUCCAGUGCAUAGUGUAGAGUGUGUGCAACGCACAGUAACUUGAUCGUAACUCACGUACGUGUUCAGCUGUGUUAGCGGAGUGAAUCAUGUGAUCUAUCUACCAAGUUGUGCGCGAUCGGUAUACACGUGUAAAGUGAAGAAUUUAAUAGUUUGUGUGUGUGUGUUAAAGAAUAGAGCAAAUAGAGGCGAAUAUUGAAUCAAAACAGGUCGUAAAAGUGUGUCCCUAAGCAAGUGGAGCAUGUUGGGGAUAAGCAAGAAGCCGGGUCCUCCGGUGCCGCCGCGCCCGAGUGCGGCGGCCGUUGCAACGGCCCUUGCAAAACAGCGCGAAAACUCGCCCUCUCCAAAUGGGGCCCCAAGACCGUGCAAUCCCACCGGGAUGAUGACCGGUAUGGCCACCCUAAAGCCGCCACAUCCGGGCCGUACCGUAGUGUACAAGUCGCCCGACUUUGAUCCUCCCCCGCUGGCAAGAAAUCGAACGCACCAGCUGCAGGAGUCGUUGCAAGGAUCGCCCAACCUAAGCACGAAACGGAACGCGAUCUAUCCCGAAAGUCCGGCCCAAAGCCCGAAAGCGGCCGAGCGACAUCUGCCGUCCGGCGGGGUGAUGUAUCGAUCCACCUGCAGCAUCGUGGAGAUCAACACCAGCCCGAGCACGUCCGGGUCGAGUUCGGUGUCGACCUCGCCGGUUGCUACCCUUCAGAAGCCGCCCACAGAUCCGCAGAAGGGCUCCACGGGCAUUGCUCCGGUGGCGCGAAGACGCAUGCGAAAUGGUGACUCCCACUCGAGCGAAGGAUCGCCCGACACGACGAAGUCGUCGUCCGAGGUGAUCAUCAUCAAUGGUGGAUCGCACGGGAGCAGCAUCAGUCUGCGCAGCGGUGCACCACCACCACCACUGUCGUCCCACGAGGAUGGCCAUGGCAAGGCGUCACUGGGCGGCAGCGAGUGUGACAGUGGCACGGAGCGGGGCGAUAGCUCCGGAUCGUGUGCAUCGGCCGGCAGUACGCUUGAGCGCGAGAACAAUAUGAAGAAUCUCGAGGGCGGCAAGAGCAGCAGUCACUUUACGGAAAUCAUUAUCGGCUCGAACCAGAGCAGUACGGUGGUGCGCAGUGGCAGCAAGCCGAAUAUUGCGAGCCCCGCGACCAGCAGCAACAGUACUGUGAUACGAUCGAGCUCGAUCCGUUUGCCAAUCACGGCGUCGGCGGCGGCCGUGCCACCGUACCAUCGUCCCGAGCCGGAGGGCGGAGAGCAUAUACAACCGUCGAGUGAUAGCCGUGGAAUUGGAGCCUCGAAUGCAGCAAACAUUUCCAAGUCUCAAUCAACCACAACGCUCGAUCCGGCCACGCUCGACUCGAAGCUGAGCGAGAAGAAGUUUGCCUUCCACGAGCUGCUCAUAUCGGAGCUGACGGCGAUGCGCCAGAAGCAGCAGGAACAGGAACAGACAAAGCUACAGUCCAAGACACAGGAGAAGAGCGUCGUGAGCGGUGCGGAUGACGACUGCCCAACGGCGAACGGGGUCGAUCUGGCGAAGAUUAAUCGCCGGCAGCGGUGUCCUUCCGAGCGCCGCUCGUCCGGCAGCGAGACGGAAACGACGACCCCGAACGGGACGACGGGCCGGCAGGCGAAGAUACGCACCGCCGACUGGAUCGAGGUGGGCGAUAACGGCAAGCAGGUGGUGCUGUCCAGCUGCCAGAUCAGCCUGGAAGACUCGGGCAUGGAGGACGAGGAGAAGCUGGACGAUGCGUCGUCCGGGGUGGGCGACUCGUGGGACAGCGUCAAGGAAGAUGCAGAGGAACGCAUCAUUAUGUCGCUCCCCGGACUGCCGCCGCUGCCCAAGAGCCUCAGCGGCUUCGAUCUCGCCGGCAUGCAGUUCCAGUCCCAGCACCACCACCACCAACACCAUCACCACCAGCAGCAGCAGCAGCAGUACCAACAUCAGCAACAUCCAGCUCAGCAUAAUCCACACUAUCCGCCAACGCACCACCAGUCCGCCCAUCACGCGCAUCCAAUGCAGCAGCCGUCCUACCACGGGACGUCACCGCACCCGUCCAGCAAUCUGCCACCGUCCUCCCAGUCGCCCGCCCUCAAUCACCAUCACACGAACCCGUUCAUACCGAUGGUCGCCGGGCCGGCCGGACUGCUGCACGGUGGGGACAGUUUGGCAUCACUCGAAAGCGCCCAGCAGCGGGGACACUCGCCAGUCAGCAGCACGUUGUCGGGGGGAAGCAGCAGCGGGCGGAAGGCAUCACCCCAGCCGGGCGUGGGACCGGCGUCAGCGUCAACGUUGGACACCCAGUUGGCGAUUCUGCGACGUGAAAUGUACGGCCUUCGGCAACUCGAUCUGUCCUUGCUGUCGCAGCUGUGGGCGCUGAACGAAUCCAUUCAAGAGUUCCGCACGAUGCUGCAGGAGCAGGAAACGCUUUCGCCGCCCUCGCCGUCACCGUCCAACUCGGACGCGAACUCCGUGUCAUCGGAUGACGAUCUCGACGAGGACGACUCGUCCACCACGAACAACAGCACCAAUCGGCUGCUGCAGCAGCAUCAGCAGCAACAGCAGCAGCAGCACCACCUGCUACUGUCAUCAGCCCAUCAUCAGCUCCAGUCGUCCACGAACAGUAUUGUCGGUGCGGCGGGGAGUGGUGGUAGUAGCGGCGGCGGCGGCGGUAACCUAACGCCCGGCGGCGGUCCUAAUCCGAACGAAUCGGGCAGCUCAUCCUCGACCACCCUCUCGUCGUCUGCGUCGUCCCGCAUGAGAGCGCCACCACCACCGCCUCCGAACAGAAAGGCACCGUCCCGGCCCGUCUAGAGAGGGACUGGACCCCUGGACUAGAGUUGAACUUCAACGUUAAAACCGCUAAACAGAAAAAGUCAGUGAUCGUUGCCAAUUAGUGUGUGCGUGUGCCGGUGCCGGUGAAACUAGAUUAAUCGGGUUGCGCGGAUCGGAGUAUGGAACCUGGAGGGAGGGAUGAUUUCACGACGACUGUGAGAGCAGGUCGGGGUGCGGGAGCUGUAAAGUAGAGGGCAGGCGGCAGGUACAGGAACGGCAGGAGCUAGCGCGCUAGGCGAUCUAAAUACCAAAAGAGUCACGUUAAAAGAAUUAAAUCUUAAGCUGAUGAAGAAGACUAUAGUGGAGAAGGGGGACAGAGAACGAAGGCGACGAACCCCCCCCGCGCAUUCGGAGGAAAAGGGGAAACAUAUGAGCAGAAUCCGCGUUUGUCAAGCAAAGCUACCUUACGAGUAUUUUACUCUCUACAAUACAAUUUUCACAAUUACGUUGUUCUUUUUUGGCAAAAACCCAAUCGUUCAAUUCACUCGCGUGCGCGCAUACUGUCUUAAGAGCCAUUUGGAGGUUGGUUAGUAGCAAAUAUGCAUGCUAUCGAGUUGGUUUCGAAGGUGGGAAGGACGACUAGGGUGCGACGUGAAGGUUUGUGUUAGGAGGGAAAGAACCAUCAAACGGUUCGUCCCGCAUGAUGGUGUAUGUGAAGUGUUACGAACAGAGAAAUUCUAUAGAACAAACCCCAACAGGCA